AUGGACAACACAGACAUGGAAGGAAGUCAUGAUGUCCAUGUCGUACAGAAAAAGAAUGUGAAGUGCUUCAAUUGUGGAGGACCGCACUACAGAAGCACAUGUCCGCUUCUCUCCUCCAGCAGUGGACAGAAGAUGCGACAGAAACCAAGAAGACGAUCCAACCGUCGCAAGAAAAGCCAGUGCAAGAACGUUGUCACCUUCGCCGCUGAGAACGCUCGAACAUACCUCGAUGUCAAUAUCAGGGGACGUCCUCUACGCUUUCAACUCGACACAGGCGCAGAUAUUACGUUGCUAUCAAUGGUGGAAGUUGAAGAAGAAUCGAAGGAAAUGCUGACGAUUAAUACGCACAGAGGACUGUACCGCUACAAUCGUCUAUCUUUCGGCGUGAAGUCAGCACCUGGCAUAUUCCAGCAGAUCAUAGAUUCAAUGAUAUGUGGACUGGAAGGCGUUGCUGCCUAUCUGGAUGACGUGAUAGUCACAGGCCGCACACAACAGGAGCAUCGCCAUAACUUGGAAGCGCUAUUCGGAAGGAUCCACGAAUACGGCUUCCGCGUCCGAUUGGAGAAGUGUAACUUUUUGAUGCCUCAGAUCCGUUAUCUCGGAUGCAUCAUAGAUAAGGACGGAUGCCAUCCUGAUCCAGAGAAGAUUGAGGUCAUCCGCCAGAUGCCAGUACCGAAGAACGUGACAGAGAUUCUCUCGUUCCUUGGUAUGAUGAACUACUAUGGAUCGUUUGUCGCGGAGAUGCGCCAGUUACGCGCACCGCUGGACCUGCUCCUGACGCAUUUUGAUCCUAGUCUGGAUAUUAUUGUAGCGGCCGAUGCAUCAGACCUUGGAAUUGGAGCAGUGAUUCUGCACAGGAUGCCGGAUGGGACCGAGAAGGCAAUAUGGCAUGCAAGCCGAAGUCUCACCGCUGCAGAAAGGAACUACGAAUUUGGACAAGCUGACGUCUUGUCACGCCUGAUCCCUCCAAGACCGGCUCAGACAGAAGAUAUUGUGAUAGUCAAAAUUGAACAGGAUAUUCUUGCUGUUCAGAGUGCUGCUGUGAAAGCACUGCCCGUUACCAGGAAAACUAUUGAAGAAGAGUCAAGGGAGGAUGGAAGGGUAUCGCAGGUCAUAUGGAUGCUGCAGACAGGAACAUGGCCAAGCAAGCCUAGAGAACAAAUCAACAGCUGGAAGGCUCUGAGCCACGAAUUGUCAGUGCAGAACGGAUGCCUGUAUUUUGGCCACAGAAUCGUCGUGCCAGCCUCACUUCAAGAAGCAGUUUUGAAGCAACUGCAUGAAGGACAUCCAGGAAUGACAAGAAUGAAGAUGCUCGCCCGAGGAUAUGUGUACUGGACGAACAUCAACAGGGACAUCGAAGAAGCUGUUCGCCACUGCCACAACUGUCAAGAAGCUGCGAAGAUGCCAAAGAAGACAGUUCUCAAUUGUUGGACCACUGAGAAGAAACCGUGGGACAGAAUUCAUGUCGACUAUGCGGGACCAGUGAAUGGUAGGAUGUACCUUGUGGUAGUGGAUGCGUAUUCGAAGUGGCCAGAAGUCUUUGAGAUGUCGUCGUCGUCAACCACUGCAACGUUGAGAGAACUCAGAAUGCUGUUCGCACGAUUCGAAAAUCCCAGGGUGAUCGUGUCAGACAACGGUACGCAGUUUACAGCGAAGGAGUUCCAGGAAUUCUGCGACAUGCAAGGAAUUGACCACGUCCGCUCGCCGCCGUUCCAUCCACAGUCAAACGGUCAAGUAGAACGCUUUGUGGAUACCUUGAAAAGAACCCUUCAGAAGAUUAAGGAGGGAGGGACGUCGGAGAAACUUGCGGAAUUUUUGCAGUGCUAUAGAAGAACACCAUGUGCGUCAACGCUAGGACAUCUUUCUCCAGCGGACGUGUUCCUAGGGCGCCAGUUGAGGACGUCGUUGACGCUGUUGAUAGAAUCAGCUAAAGAAGAAGGAACGCGCAAUGUGGAAAUUGAAGAACAGUUCAAUCGUCAUCAUGGCGCACAGAAGAGAUCGUACCAGGAAGAACUCGUGUGGGUGCGUGACUACCGCCCGGGACAUGAGAAAUGGAUCCCUGCUCGUGUGAAGAAUCGCUAUGGACGAGCCGUGUACGACGUGCUAACGGAAGAGGAUGAUUUGUGGAAAAGACACGCUAAUCAGAUGCGUGGAGAAAAACAUCGGAGAGUUAGCUGCGAGAGGUCUGAAGCUUCCAAGAUGCCGUUCAACCAGGAAGACCGACGGUACCAUGGUAUGGCAAGGACGAUCGCUGACAUCAACGACAAUGUCAAGGAUCGAACACCAACUAUCGUGCCGCCGACAACGACUAGACCAGCUCGACAACGCUGA